GCAUAUAACUGAUAAACCCGUAAGUUCAUGCUGGACACAGGAAGUUGUCCAUCAGCCAUUUUAAAAUGGCAGCUAAUUCAGAACCAUGUGUUGCUUACAUUAUUAUCAAAAACUUUGAAGAUUAUGAGCAAAUAAACUUGUUCUGUUUCUCUCAUAACAUUGAUCACCAUAAUGAUUACAAUCACACAGAAAGAUACUUCAAGACUUAUUUCUUCACUUUUAAAGAUGUCAUUAAUGUUUCAAGGUUUGCUAGAAGAAUGAAUAUUAAAACAAAGUUAAUCAACAUUGUUACAUAAGUGAAUAUAAUUCCUUGAAGAAGGCAAGUAUAUUCAAGUUUACAAAACUAUUGAUAUUUACCCCUCUUAUAUGCACCUGAAAAUGGGUGAAUAUGUUUCUGCAUGCUCUUGUCUUUUUCAAAUAUAACCUAGAAUCUAAGCUUUGCCUGACAACAUUUAGUAUACUCAUUUUUCUUUUGUGAAUGCAAAACUUACAUGAUUGAUAUUUUGAAAAUUAAAAAAAACUAUAAAAAUAAUAAUAUCAUUAUUUACAAGCUUUUUUUAUCCAGUAUUUCUCACUACUUAUUACUAUUUAUUACUUUGAAAGAGCUUGUGCUUGCUAGGUGAAAUGAUAAUUAUGUCACAACAAUCUUUUUUUGCUUGAGAAUUUUUUGACUCUUUGUACAAAAGCCUAUAUAGCCAGUAAAGUACUGGGAACCAGUGUAAGAAAUUAGGAUUUGAACUAACUAGGCUGAUCGGACGACCAGAUUUGAAUAUACACUAGCCCAAAAGACAUUUCACUAGCACGAUUUAUAUUGCCUCUGAAAAUACAGUAGCCUGGUCGGGCUUGUUACUGUGAAAAGUUGGUAGCCAGAGGAGAAAUUUAGUAGUCUGGGGCUAUCGGACUACUGCUAAUUUCGAACACUGGGGAACUAUUGGAUAUCUGAUAUAGAUGGAAGGACAUAUUGUGGAAAUGGAAGUUUGAUAUAUUUAGAAUAUUAUGAUGUUUAAGGGUGUUUUUUUAAAGCAAUAACAGAAGUACACAAAAUAAUUACGACAAUCAAGACAUGAAUAGUCAAAAUACCGUAAAAUCCCGAUUUAAGGCCCCCAUCCACUUUUAGAAACCUUGUGUAUAAUUUAAACAAAGAAACGCUUUCACCAUUAAUGAUUUUGUACAAUGUAAAUUUGACACUCUUAAAACCAAGUUAAUUUGUGUUUUAUUUCAGUUGAAGAAUGGGGCUUAAGCGGAAAAAGAGAAACUUUUAUCAGAAACAACUGAAGAAACAACGACUUCAAAAAAGUAAAUUCAUUUGGAUGAAAAUCCGUGGUGUUAGUAUAUUUUGGCCAGUUAAAGUUGUGACGGAGACUUGUGAUAGAAUAGAAAUUUUCAUCAAAUCAGACAAUGCACAGUUUGAAGUUAGAAAGCAAGAAAAAAACAUACAACCAUUCCAAGAGAAUUUAGAGCGCCUUAAAGCACAAGGCAUUGGAUACCUGCAAGCCAAGGCCAUGAAAGAAACAGAAAGGUGUUUUAUGGAAGAUAUUGAAUAUGCUACUAAUGAAUCAGAUGAUGACUCUGUGGAAGAUAAAACAUGCUCAACAAAUCCUACUGAAAUAGAAAGUGAAUCAGAUGAUGACUCUGUGGAAGAUAAAACAUGCUUAACAAAUCCUACUGAAAAGGAAAGUGAAUCAGAUGAUGACUCUGUGGAAGAUAAAACAUGCUUAACAAAUCCUACUGAAAAGGAAAGUGAAUCAGAUGAUGACUCUGUGGAAGAUAAAACAUGCUCAACAAAUCCUACUGAAAAGGAAAGUGAAUCAGAUGAUGACUCUGUGGAAGAUAAAACAUGCUUAACAAAUCCUACUGAAAAGGAAAGUGAAUCAGAUGAUGACUCUGUGGAAGAUAAAACAUGCUCAACAAAUCCUACUGAAAAGGAAAGUGAAUCAGAUGAUGACUCUGUGGAAGAUAAAACAUGCUUAACAAAUCCUACUGAAAAGGAAAGUGAAUCAGAUGAUGACUCUGUGGAAGAUAAAACAUGCUCAACAAAUCCUACUGAAAAGGAAAGUGAAUCAGAUGAUGACUCUGUGGAAGAUAAAACAUGCUUAACAAAUCCUACUGAAAAGGAAAGUGAAUCAGAUGAUGACUCUGUGGAAGAUAAAACAUGCUUAACAAAUCCUACUGAAAAGGAAAGUGAAUCAGAUGAUGACUCUGUGACAAAUAAACAGUUCUUACCUUAUCCUACAGAAGUGGAAAAUAAAUCAAAUGAUGACUCUGUGGAAGAUAAAACAUGCUUACCAAAUCUUACUGAACAGGAAAUUGAAUCAGAUGAUGACUCUGUGACAGAUAAAACUUUCUUACCUAAUCAUACAGAAGUGAAAAAUAAAUCAAAUGAUGACUCUGUGGCAGAUAAAACAUUCUUACCAAAUCCUACUGAAAAGGAAAGUGAAUCAGAUGAUGACUCUGUGGAAUAUAAAACAUGCUUACCAAAUCCUACUGAAGAGGAAAAUAAAUCAAAUGAUGACUCUGUGGAAGAUAAAACAUGCUUACCAAAUCCUACUGAAGAGGAAAGUGAAUCAGAUGACUCUGUGACAGAUAAAACUUUCUUACCUUAUCCUACGGAAGUGGAAAAUAAAUCAAAUGAUGACUCUGUGGAAUAUAAAACAUGCUUACCAUAUCCUACUGAAAAGGAAAGUGUAUCAGAUGAUGACUCUGUGGCUGAUAAAACUGUCUUACCUAAUCCUGAGGAAGAAGAAAGUGAAUCAGAUGCUGACUCUGUGGCAGAUAAAACUUUCUUACCUAAUCCUGAGGAAGAGGAAAGUGAAUCAGAUGAUGACUCUGUGGCAGAUAAAACUUUCUUACCUAAUCCUGAGGAAGAGGAAAGUGAAUCAGAUGAUGACUCUGUGGCAGAUAAAACUUUCAUACCUAAUCCUGAGGAAGAAGAAAGUGAAUCAGAUGAUGACUCUGUGGCAGAUAAAACUUUCUUACCUAAUCCUGAGGAAGAGGAAAGUGAAUCAGAUGAUGACUCUGUGGCAGAUAAAACUUUCUUACCUAAUCCUGAGGAAGAGGAAAGUGAAUCAGAUUAUGACUCUGUGGCAGAUAAAUCAUGCUUUCCAAAGACAGAUGAACAUGCUAGUGAUUCUGCUGAAACAGAUGGAGAAAUGAGUGAUAUUUUCCCUAUGUUAUCAGAAAAGAGUAGUUGCUUUUCUUCUAGUAUACCCCAGCACCAAGAAGACUCUGAAAGUGAAAGUGAACGUUUGGAUGAGGACAGUAUUUUACGAGAUGUCAAUCACCCAAACAUUUAUAUUAAAAGAGUUUUGAAAAAUGACAUGUCAAAGACUGGAACAAUAAAGAAACAUGAGAGGGUAUAUAAUAGCUAUCAGUACUGCGGUGCAUGUAAACUUAUGACAUCUAAUUUAGCCCAACACAUAAGUAGGCAUAUAAAAAGCAGCAAUCAUCCACAUGCUUCAGACCGGGAAAUUCAAGCUAUCAGAUCAGAACAGAAUGAAAUAGAAAAGAAGAGGUUGUUGAAGCUUCUUCGCGCAAGGUACAACCAUGAGUCUAAUAUGAAAACAAAGGAAAAAGGAAAAGGAGUCAUCAUUUUGGAACGUAGACCAACUACUGACUUUAAUGUAAACAAAUAUGGUCCUUGCCCCCAAUGCCUGUUGUGGGUUGCAAAAAAAUUGCUGAAAAAGCACCAGAAGAAAUGCAUCAACAGAAAAACCAAUGCUUACCUCAGUAUUGGAGACUUGACAACACAAUCUGAAUGUCUGGCAAAGGAUUUGCUACCAAUUGCAAGUAAAAGGCUUGUUAAAGAAGUGUUUAGUAAGAUGACUUCUGAUGAAGUUGGAAAAACUGUAAAAGGUGAUCAAUUAAUUGUUCAGUUGGGGAACCAAUGGCUCGAAAAAAAUGUUGGAAAUGUUCUGAAGCGAGGCAUCUACACAUCUCAAAUCAUGCGCCUUGUUGGACGUUUUCUUUUAAACUUGAGAAAAAUUUGUCCACAGUCAAAUAUUCAAGAACCUUCCUUAUGGCAGUACCUUAAACCAGAGUAUUUCAACGAUAUUGUGAAUGCGACGGUUCUCACAGCAUCUCCAAUAUCUGAUGAAGAUGAUAGUCUGCAAGCCCCAAGCAAUGCGAUUAAAUUGGGAUACGACUUAAAAAGACUAUUGAAUGGAAAAAUCGGUCUGGCUAUCAUGGACCAUGAUGAACAGAGUCAAUCUGAUGCAGGAAAGGUACUGAAACUCAUGGAUAUUUACUGGGGGUCAAGGGUCACAAAGGCAGCAAGAGUCCUACUGGAUGAAAGAAGAUAUUAUGCAGAGAAGCACUUGCCACAUCCUGAAGAUAUCCUAAAACUAAACUGCUACCUACAAGAUUCAAUUUCACAGUUAGAUUACAAAAAAACAGACAAGAUGAACUUCAGACUGGUUGCAGAACUGAUAGAAGCGAAAUUGAUUCUGUAUAACCGCAGAAGGACGGGGGAACUGCAAGCAGUAAGACUGCAAGACUAUGUACGAAGAACGAAGGGUUGUUCUGGGGAAUACUUGGUUGGUGAAUGCACUGCCUUUGAAAAGCAGUUAUUGGAAUCUCAGGAAGUCAUGACUAUACGGGGCAAGACUGGAAGAGGAGUGCCCGUCAUUCUGCCUAGUGAGACAGCUAAAGGUCUUGCCUAUCUAACAGACUCAAGAGUUAGGAUAAGUGCUGGAGUGCACGCAUCUAACCAUUACAUCUUUGCUUCGCAAG